AUGUCACGAAACAUCUGCAUCACCGCCGUCGAUGGCAACACGGGCUUUCUCAUCGCCGAACUAAUCCUCAAACACCGCGACUUCUCCCGCAAAGUCUCCUCCGUCGUCGGUCUAACCCUGCACCCCGACUCCCCAAAAGCAAAAGAACUUCAAGACCUCGGCGCCAAAAUCAUCCCCCACAAGCCCGGCCGUCUCCGAGUAAUGGCCAAAACCUUGCAAGACACUGGAUGCGACACCAUCUGUCUUGUUCCUCCUGCUCACGAGCAUAAGCUUGAGAUUAGUGAGGAGCUUGUUCAUGCUGCGAAGAAGGCGGAUGUUCCGAAUGUGCUGCUUAUUAGUUCGGCGGGGUGUGAUUAUGCGGAGAGGGGGAAGCAGCCGAGAUUGAGAGAGUUUAUUGAUUUGGAGACGUUGGUUAUGGAGGCUAAAGGAGAUCCGGAUGUUUCUACGGGGACGUCGCCUUGUAUUAUUCGGGCUGGGUUCUAUGCUGAGAACCUUUUGUUGUAUGCGCAGCAGGCUAAGUCGGAGGGCAUUCUUCCACUUCCAAUUGGAGAAUUCCACAAAUUUGCGCCUGUUGCACUUGGAGAUGUCGCUCAAGUCGCUGCUCAUGUUCUGACUGGCAAGGGCAAGCACGGUUUCGAUGACCGACACCGCGGCCAAAUGAUGGUAGUCACUGGUCCAAUGCUUUGCGCAGGCAAAGAGCUCGCAACCGCGGCCAGCAAAGCUCUUGGUGCCGAACUUCAGUUCGAGAACAUCUCUCAUGCCGAAGCAAAAAGAGUUCUCAAGUCCCAGUCUGACAUCGACCCGUCCGAGCAGCAAUAUCUCCUCGAGUACUACAGCCUUGUGAAGGAGGGCAAAACCAACUACAUCUCCACCACUGCUUUCCACGAUGUUACUGGCGAGCAUCCGACUGAGCCGGAGAAUUUCUUCAAGAUCUAUGAGGGUGAGAUGAGACCCAAGAAGAAGGCUAAGCACGAGCAUAAGUGA